UCUGAAGAGUCUGCCUUGGAGGGAAACGGAGGCCGGCGGGAGGGCUGGGGGAAGGGACCCGGGCCUAGAACAACUGCUGACUAAUCGGCGGGCGGCGAAGGAGGGGGUGGCGCGACGACCGGUUGGCCGGGGUCACGCGCCCGAGUGCGAGCAGAAUGGGCUCGGGGUGCUCGGGCCCCGGCGGGAAGCUAGAGUAGCGACUCCCAGCCGGGGCCCCCACCCGGCCUUCUAGGGGCUGAGGGCGCGCUCCGCAAUGGGGAAACUGAGGCCCAAGGAAUUUGGGUACUUUUCCUAAAGUCACAAAGCUGAGUCCCACCCACACCCUGGCACCCCCACUGUCUCCAUCACCCAGAAGAAUCUUUCCCGGCCUUGUUUUUCCAUUCUAUCCUCCCUGCUUCCUGAUGAGCACACAGCCCCAAGACCACCUUUGACUACCUUCAGCCAAGCUAUGCAUGCCAGAGGCCCCCCUGGCCUGCUGUCCCCUGCGCUGCCUCUUGCUUCCUCCGUCCUGAUGCUGCUAAUGAGCAGCCUGUGGCUGCUGGGGGCUGGCCCCAGCCUUGUCCUGGCCCCAGAUCUGCUGCUGGACCCUUGGCAGGUGCACCGGCUGCUGACACACGUGCUGGGCCACACGGCCUUACCUGGCCUGCUCCUGAGCCUGCUGCUCCUGCCCACACUGGGCUGGCGGCAAGAGUGCCACCUGGGCACACUGAGAUUCCUGCACGCCUCCACCCUGCUUGCCGUGGCCUCUGGGCUGAUGGCUGUGCUGCUGGCAGGCCUCGGGGUGUCCAGUGCAGCCGGUGGCUGCGGAUACAUGCCUGUCCACCUGGCUAUGCUGGCAGGGCAGGGUUACCACCCUAGACAGCCCCGGGGGGCACUGCCACCUUGGCUCCUGCCAUGGCUGCUGCUCGCCCUGACACCACUGCUCAGCCCUGAGCCACCCUUCCUGCAGCUCUUCUGUGGCCUCCUUGCUGGCCUGGCCUAUGCAGCCGGGGCCUUCUGGUGGCUGGAGCUCUCCGAGCGGCGGCUGCAGGUGCUGCAGGAGGGUGUCCUGUGCAGGGCCCUGGCGAGGUGCUGGCCACUCCAGCUCCUUCCCACCCCAGGCGGCCUGGGUGAGCUGCCUGUCACCCAUCCUGCCGGAGUGAGGCUUCCCACCCCUGGACCUCCUUGCAUGGCCUCCCCUAGCCUCUGGUCCUGCCGUGAAGGCUCAGCCCUGGUCCUACCAGGCCUGGGGCCUGUGCAGCCACUCUGGGAGGGCUCCUCAGAGGUGGGACUGGCCCGAUCUGGGCCCAGCUUCCCCGCAGGGACCCCGCUGUGGGCAGCCCUGGACGAGCAGAUGCUGCAGGAGGGGAUCCAGGCCUCGCUCCUCGAGGGGCCAGCCCAGGGUCCUGAGAGCCCACUCUGGCUGCCCAAGUCCUCCGUCUCCUCUCUGCGGCUGCAGCAGCUGGAGCGCAUGGGCUUCCCCACGGAGCAGGCAGUGGUGGCACUGGCGGCCACAGGCCGUGUGGAGGGUGCUGUGUCACUGCUGGUCAGCAGGGAGGUGGGCACCGAGGCACUGGUGACUCAGGGGAGGGGUGGGCUGGCUCACCCUGAGGGCCCCGGGCCCCCCUAGCACAGGCAGGCCCUCAGGUGAGAAGAGGCCUGGCCUGUGGGCGGGAAGUCUGCUGAGAGUCACGGUGGGGUUCAGGAGCGGCCCCUCUGCACCCUACCCUGGUCCUGUUUGGAAUAAAAACCAGUUCACCUUUCAACCUGGA